AUAAGACUUUCUAAAUUAUAUCUAUUAAUAAAAAUGCCUUCAAAUUUCAAAUCUUAAAUAAACAAUGAUAAAUGCUCCCGAAUAUUCAAAACAGUAACGUAAUAGCCGUCAAAAUCUAAUUAUCUCUAACAGAAGUAAACAAGUGUUUGUCAAAUCACAAUCUACCUGAUCAAAUUUUUUCAACCAGCGCCCUCUCUUCUGCUCAUACAUUAUCUUUUUGCGGUAUCCGCCGCAAUCACGGUCUUUCAUUGUUUGAAUGUAAAGCGAGAUAAAGAAGACAACUACCUGAAACAAAACAAGAAAAAAUAAUUCAUGCUUUACAUCACUCUUUGCUGUAUGGUCAAAAUUGUGGUGAUCUCUGUUCUUUUUGCGCGAUGUGAAACCACAGAAUAAGGAUUAUCUCUCCUUUUUUCUUUCGUGUGUGUGUCUAAAAAGUUGUGUUUACUUGUGUGUGUGUGUGUUUCAUGGCAAAAAUGUGUUUUAUUAAGAAGAUAUACAUUGUUUGGAUUUUGUGUUUGCUGUGGAUAACGCAUCAAAGUUAUUCAGAACAAGAUUAUAACACAUGCAGUUUCUACUAUUGGAAAGUGGAUUGGGAAUCGGCAAAUAAUACAUGCGAAACAGACAACAAAAAACUUCUUUGUUACAAUUCUAAAAAGGAAAUCGAUGACAUUACAGAAGCUUUUAGGCUAUCUGCUUAUGGUGAUGCCGAGCUGGAACUUUGGCUGUCACAUAGAAACUGUUCAAGACCUGACGAAGAAGAAAAAUGUCUUUCGCUACAUAUUCAGAAGUCAGGAUCAAGUAUUUGGCACUUUUUCCAAAGUGAUUGCAGAAAUAGGCUGCCAUUUGUAUGUUGUAUUAAAGAAGGAAAUAUGUCCACAACGACCCCAUGGACUUCCAUGCCUUCAAGCCUUCAUACAGACACUUCACCCACAACUACAGUUCAAACCUCCACCCUGGCCAAUCAUUGCCAUGGACAAAAAAGAAGAGGACUUUACUGGCCAAACACGAAAUUCGGACAAGUUGCCAUUCUACCAUGUCCUGGAAAUUCUGUAGGGGAAGCAAAAUGGGUGUGCGAAAGUCAAAAUGGCGGAAGAUGGAGACACAGAGGUCCUGAUUUCAGCAAAUGUAGAUCUUUGGAUGUUAUCAACAUUAAGGAUAAGAUGGACAAUUCUAGCGUAUCAGAGACCAUUUCAUUGAUCGAAAAUGUUUUUAAAGAUCAAGAAAAAGAAAUUUUUGUCGAAGAUCUUGUUGACAUUGUGUCCAUCAUGAAAGUUUUGCCUGAUAAGAUGUCUUUAGAAAUGGAUAAACUUCCGCUUCACGCGAAAUGGUCUCUCAUUUCUGACACUGUUGAAAAGUCUGCAUCCCUUGUUGAUAGCAUGGUUGAACUACAUAACACAUGGAGUGACGUAGAAAUGAAACAGAAACCAAUAAUGGGAACUGACUUGUUAUCCUCAGUGGAUGGAUUUGGAAUUUUAUUGGCUGAUACUAUGGCGGACGAUAUUGUGGAGAAAAGUGUUAUUGGAAAGAACAUGGCUUUGCAAGUUCUUCGGACUAAAUAUGGUGAAUCAAUGGAACUUCCGCAAUGGACAGUGACCAGUCACUACAGCAAGAAAAGCAGCAUAGUUUUAGAUGAAGGUUAUGACAAACAUCUGAAUCCUGCAUUGGGGAACAUCGCUGUCGUAUUUACUUUGUAUUCGAAUUUAAGCGGCAUUCUUCAGCCUCAGGUAUCUCAAAAAAAGGGCAUGAUACCAACUAGUUUAAACUCUGCUGUCGUGAGCGCUACGGUCACCCAAUCAAGAAAGAGCGUAGGAAUCAGUAGUACAGUCAAGAUACUCGUCGAACACCUGACUUCAGACCCAAACGACACUGCCUGCGUGUACUGGAGCAUAGAAAAAAAUCAGUGGUCUACGUGGGGAUGUCGAGCGGAAGGAAACAAUGCCAGCUAUACUUUGUGCGUCUGCGAUCACCUGACUAAUUUCGCUGUUCUCAUGGAUUUUAAAGGCGUUCUUGAUGACGUUGAUCAGCUCGCAUUCAACUGGAUCACUAUUAUUGGUUGUUCUUUAUCCAUCAUCUGCCUCUCCUUUUGCGUGGUAGUCUUUUCUUGCUACAGCUACCAUAGUAAGCAUUCAUGGGGUCUUAGAUACGUUAUACAUCGAAACUUGUGCCUUACUUUGCUCAUAGCUAAUCUUGUCUUAAUUCUAGGAAUAGACAAAACAGAUGAUGAGAACUUGUGUGCUGUUGUAGCUGGUAUGCUUCACUAUUUCUUCCUAUCUGCAUUCAGCUGGAUGUUACUGGAAGGUGUCCAUAUCUACAUGCUUCUCGUCGUAGUUUUCGCAUCGCGGCGCUCCCACUGGGAAAAAUACUACCUUUUCGGCUAUGGUUUUCCAUUGAUUGUUGUCGCCAUCACUGCUAUAGCAAGGCCAACGUAUUAUGGUACUGAUGAAGCAUGCUGGCUUUCUACGGAAAAGGGAACAAUCUUUGCGUUUAUGGGACCUGUGGCCUGUAUACUGAUACUUAAUGUAGCGGCUUUGAUAUUAGCUCAGUAUAAAGCAAGCAAUAUAUCAGUUAAAAAUGAUAACGUUGCAUUAGUCAAACGGUGGUUACGGAUAACAUUUAUUCUGUUUCCUGUGCUUGGAAUCACGUGGUUACUUGGUUUCAUGUAUGUCGAAAGGAGGUUCAUCGUUAUUGGAUAUCUUUUUGCAAUUUUUAAUUCGUUACAGGGUUUCGGAAUUUUUGUGUGUCAUUGCUUGUUGGAUAAAAAAGCAAGAAAUAUGGUUUUAGCAUCUUUUAAAAAGAAAAGUGCGUCUGUGAAUACAGGUAGCUCUGGAACUCAAAAGAAGAACAUUACCAAAGACACCAUUAAAGACGAAUUGGAUUCUGCGCAAAAUGGCGCAGCCAUCAAUACCGGAGAUAUGAACAAGUCUUCCUUAUUAUCCUUUAAAAAAAGCAAGAAAGCAUGGGUAAAGUGGCACAAACCAUGGACAUUUUGCUUUGAUAUGCCUGUAGCUGAUAGCGACAACAAUAGCACUUACAAAACUACAGAAACGCCUACUAGGCCUGUUAUAUUACAAUGGAACAAUUUGGGAGACAAGCCCUGCUAGACUAAAUGUGUAUUAACCCUUUGCAUUCGAAUUACUUUUAACAAAUUAUUAAAUGGCUGUGGCCGCUUUAGGUGUUAAGGUUUACGAUAUAACUGUUUCACUAUGGCUAUAGCAUCUGCUAGUCAAUAAGCAAAAAAUUGAAAAAUUAAGACUGUUUUUAUCUGCCUGGCAACCUCUUAUCCUUUUUCUGAUAUUGGCUAGGAAGAAUAUUGCUCCAACCUUGUUCCAAAUCUCAACAAUCUAAAACCGGUAAAAUUUGGAAGCGUCUUGGCCCUUUUCACCAUAGGGAAGCACUCAUAACUCGAUAAGUUACAGAACAACAUACCAUCCGAAAUUUGAAUUUUGACCCAAACGUAAUUAUCAGUAGUAACGAGCUAAAACCUAAAAAUUUUAAAACAAAUUGAUUUUUUACACAACUUUUAUAAAGAAUUCAAAGCAUGACUGGCCAUUUUAUAGCCAUUUUAUUUGGUUGUUCCGAUGUCUUCAGGAUAGUGGGGUCUUUUCCUCUCGAUCUUUUGAUACUUAGUCUCGUAGUAGCUUUUAUCAUGAAUUAACAGAAGAAAUUAAGAGAAAAUAAUGGCUUACUAUACAUGACUAUUACCCUACUUGACUGUAAAAUAUGCAUGUUUCUUUCAUUAUAUGUUGGAUAGUAUUCUUUUAAAUCAAAUUUUUUAAAACUUUUAAUACAUCAACUUUGCUACCACUAGAAAAAAUAUCUACGAAAUUCCAUUGUAUGUUGGAGGGAACGGAACAAGUUGUAACUCUUUCCUGAGAUUGAAUACCAACAAAGUUGAAGUAAAUUUUUCAUAAAAAAAAAUAAAACAGCUAAGUGACCUCACUAAUCACUAGACGUCCAUUUAAAUACACUUAAAAGUUCGCCAUUUUUAACUGGGCAGUGGACAAUUGUGGCUAUCAGUAUCAGCAGCUAGGAUAACUUCAUGGAAUAUUAGUUAAAUUUCUGAAAAAAUAUAUUCCAAAACUUGAAGCUUUACCAUUUCGACUUAAUAUUUAUAAACUUCCAGAAUUUUCUUAGUAUUCCCAAGAAUGUGGUAAGCUUAUUGUACCGUGUUCAACUAACCAGCAGGCCUAACUCACUAAUCUUGUUGAGAGAAAUCGGUGAGUGACUCAUGAGACGUUAGUGAAGACAGGAUAGCAGAAUCGUUAUUUGAACGCGAAGAGUUCAUGGAUUUGUCAUGUUUAGAGAUGAAAGUAUUAGAAUUUAAACUACAUAAUUUUUAUAACUUUCAUCUCCUGUUCAAACGAGAUUAUGGGAUUCUUAAGUUUGGGGAAUUCUGGACUGCUCUUUUGUAUAGAAAAUGUUUCGUUAUAUGUAUAGAGAUAAUAAAACUUGAAUAUGUCUGAAGAAAUGUUAUAAAUAAAGACCAUUGUUAUAAAUA